UUCUUCCCUACCUUUGUCUCUGUCUCUCUAAUUUUCAUCUCAAAGCCAAAGCGAAAGCCAACGGCAUAUUCUUCUUCGUCUUUCUUUCUCUCAAUUUCUUUUCCCUUUCUUCCUAACAUCACAAACCCACAAGUUUUUUUUGCCCAAUUUUCGUUUAAUCGACCUGGGAUUUCGCUAACUGUUUCUUCGAAGAUCUUGCAGGACCUUGGGGCUGAUUUUUCUUCCAAUUUUCUGAGCCCCCUUUUGUUGUUUCUUUAUUUUCUGUUGGGGUUCAAUAGAGUCAGGUUCUUUUGUUCUUUUUCGUUUGAUUUCUUCGUGCAUUAAGCGAUGGUGGUGAAGAUGAUGAAGUGGCGGCCCUGGCCGCCGCUUGUUUCGAGGAAGUAUGAGGUUAGGCUGGUGGUGAAGAGGCUCGAAGGGCUUGAUCCGCCUCGAGAUGGCAAGGGGGUCGAUAAAUUGACGGUCGAGGUCAAAUGGAAGGGUCCGAAAAUGGCUUUGAGCCCAUUGAGGAGAACGGCUGUGAAGAGAAAUUACACGAAGGAGGCCGAUGGGUUGGAUCAGAACGGGGUUACUCAGUGGGAUGAGGAGUUUCAAAGCGUUUGUACUCUCUCUGCUUACAAGGAGAAUGUGUUUCAUCCAUGGGAGAUCGUUUUCUCUGCCUUCAAUGGCUUAAAUCAAGGAUCAAAAAACAAAGUUCAGGUUGUUGGCUCAGCAUCUCUUAAUCUGUCUGAAUAUGUUUCUGUGGCUGAACAAAAAGAGCUUGAAUUGAAGAUACCCCUCAAUCCAUCUACAAAUGCUACCGAGGCCAGCCACGUUCUCUGGAUAUCGUUGAACUUAUUGGAGCUAAGAACUGCUCAAGUUGUAUCACAACCUGUACAAAGAUCAAUAGCACCAGCUCCAUCUCCACCCUGGCCAGGAGAAAAUGUCCCAGCAGAAAAAGAUGAGCUCUCUGCUCUUAAAGCUGGCCUCAGGAAAGUAAAAAUUUUCACGGAGUUUGUGUCAACCCGAAAGGCAAAAAAAGAAGCUUGCCAUGAAGAAGAGGGAAGUGAGGGCAGGUGCUCUGCCAAGAGUGAGGAUGGUGAGUCUUGCUACCCAUUUGACUCUGAUUCCUUUGAUGACAUUGAGGAAGGGGAAACAGAUGAAGGGAAGGAGGAUACUAACAUUAGGAAGUCCUUUAGUUAUGGCACUCUGGCCUAUGCGAAUUAUGCUGGAGGAUCGUAUUACUCUGAUAUGAAGAUCAACGGUGAUGACGAAAAUUUAGUUUACUAUAGUAAUCGAAAAUCAGAUGUGGGCUGCUCGAGCAUGGAGGAUUCAACUGCAUCAGCCUCUGAGCAACCUUUGCCACAGAGUUCAAAGCGUGGUCUGUUGCCGUGGAGGAAGAGAAAACUAAGUUUUAGAUCUCCCAAGGCAAAAGGAGAGCCAUUGUUGAAGAAGGCCUAUGGCGAAGAAGGUGGUGAUGACAUUGAUCAUGAUCGAAGGCAACUCAGCUCUGAUGAAUCUCUUGGAAUUGGGUGGCAAAAAACCGAAGAGGAUUCAAGUGCAAAUGGAUCAUCAGUUUCUGAAUUUGGGGAUGACAAUUUUGCAAUUGGCACUUGGGAGCAAAAAGAAAUUGUAAGUCGUGAUGGACAUAUGAAGCUACAAACACAGGUCUUCUUUGCUUCUAUUGAUCAACGUAGUGAGCGGGCAGCUGGUGAAAGUGCAUGCACUGCUCUUGUAGCUGUUAUUGCCGAUUGGUUUCACAACAGCCAAAAUCUCAUGCCUAUAAAAUCUCAAUUUGAUAGUUUGAUCAGGGAUGGCUCGUUAGAGUGGAGGAAACUCUGUGAAAAUAAUAUAUAUCGGGAAAAAUUUCCUGACAAGCAUUUUGAUUUAGAAACUGUCAUUCAAGCCAAAAUUCGACCCCUUUCGGUGGUUCCAAGGAAGUCUUUUAUUGGGUUUUUCCACCCAGAAGGCAUAAAUGAGGCGAGGUUUGAAUUUUUGCAUGGUGCAAUGUCUUUUGAUAACAUGUGGGAUGAGAUUAGCCGUACUGGGUCAGAAUGUCCGGAUGACAAUGAACCACAAGUUUAUGUUGUCAGUUGGAAUGACCAUUUUUUUAUUCUUAAGGUCGAAUCUGACGCGUACUACAUCAUCGACACUUUAGGGGAGAGGCUUUAUGAAGGAUGCAAUCAGGCCUACAUCUUGAAAUUUGACAACAACACUACAAUCUGUAAAAUGCCCGAGACUAGCCAGUCAGCGGGUGAAAAGACAUCCAAUGAUCAGCCGACUGUUGCAGCAGUAGUUGAGGCCAGCGGAAAGGAAGAGAGUUUGACACUGGCACACAUAACCUCACAGCCUGAAGAACCAAUGAAGGAGAAAGACGAAAUCUUGUGCCGUGGGAAGGAAUCCUGCAAAGAAUACAUCAAGAGCUUCUUGGCUGCUAUCCCAAUUCGGGAACUACAAGCCGAUAUCAAGAAGGGUCUAAUGGCAUCAACCCCGAUUCACCACCGUUUACAGAUUGAAUUACACUACACCCAGAUUUUGCAACCUUCCCCUGACUCUCAGGCGCCAGAAGAUCCAAAAGCCACACCACAAAGUCCCGACACCACACUAGCAGACAUUGCUGCUACAUCUACAUAGGUUUAAUGUAAAUCGUAGGAUGCUUGGUUAAUCUAACUAGUUUUUUAUAUUUCCAAGUGACUGAAAGCUUAACAAAGAGAAGUUUAUAGAGAAGGCUUUCCAGUUGCAUUAGAAGGGGGAAUGGAGAUGCACUAUAGUAUAGUAUGCAGCAGCAGCAGCAUGUUAAGAGGCAACUGUCUGUGUGUUUUUUGCUUGCUUUUUGGUGUCUAAUCUCCCUUUUGAUUUGUCUAAUCAUCUUUCAUGGAUAUGGACCUUACUUUUGGACAUAAAUGAGUAGUCAUUCCUGUGAAUUAUUUCAUCAA